GCCAACAAUUUUCUCAAUAAAAAAUAAUGUCAUUGCAAAUCUCCCAACAAUUUUCUCAAUAAAAAAAACCAAAAAAUCAUUUCUUUCCCAACAGAAACUCAUGUUAUUUCAUCUUUCUUCCCUUAAAACCCACAAAAAAUUUUGUUGAGCAACAUACACAUAUGAUCAACCCAAGAUGAUCAGAUCCAAGCUUCAACCUUCAAAUCACUUCAAGUUCAUCUUAAUCUGCUUUUCCUUUCUUCUUUUCCUUCUUUUUCUUAGCAAAUCAAGUUUCCAAUGGUCCAAAAGGAUUUCAGAAAUCCCUGAAUGGAACUCCACCCAGAUACCAUCAACAUGCUCAAGAAUCCCACCUUCCUUGGCUAAUGCUCUCAUCCACUAUGCAACUACAAAUAUCACCCCACAGCAAACCUUCAAGGAAGUCUCUGUUUCAGCCAGAGUCCUGGCGAGGAGAGGCCCCUGCAACUUUUUAGUUUUCGGGCUCGGCCGUGACAGCGUCAUGUGGGCCUCCUUGAACCACGGCGGCCGGACUGUUUUCCUGGAGGAAGACGCGGCGUGGAUCGAUCAGAUCAAGCAGAAUUCGCCUGAUCUAGAGAUAUACCAUGUAGAGUACGACACUAAAGUGAAACAAGCAGAUGUACUGCUUCAGAUGGGGAUGAGAGAGGAAUGCACAGUUGUCGGUGACCCCAGGUCUUCUGUUUGCCGGCUUGCACAUAAGGGCUUCCCGGAUGACAUUUACAAUACGGAGUGGGACCUGAUCAUGGUGGACGCACCAACAGGGUACCACGACGAAGCACCAGGGAGGAUGACGGCUAUAUAUACUUCAGGGUUAAUGGCUAGGAACAGAGCAGAGGGGGAGACUGAUGUUUUUGUGCACGAUGUGAAUAGGGUUGUGGAGGACAAGUUCUCCAUGGCAUUUCUCUGUGAAGGCUACAUGAAAGAGCAAGAAGGUUUGUUGAGGCACUUCACAAUUCCUAGUCACCGGAAUCGUCCCGACACACCCUUUUGCCCAAAUUAAACUCUAAUGGACAAUGUUACAAUGUUACUUGGGAAAGUAACAUCGGUUGUCAGCACUUUACAGGCGAUAGAAACAGAACACAAUUCCACUACAGUGUUAUUAUCUUUUAAAAAUUGAUUCUUUUCCUAUUAAUAUCAGUUAAUUUUUAUUAGUGUUUGGCGAAAUGAUUUUGUCUUCAGACACAAGUCUCAUUCUUCCUUAAAGUAUACGUUGUGGUCUGACCAAAAAGAAAAGGAGAAGGUGAGGUUGGUGAAUGGGGACCAACUAUUAUUGAUUUGUUUAUUGUUAGUUCUCAAAACAUUUAGUGUUAUUUGCAAAUGAGCAGUGUCAAUCACGUUCUGGUGCAGUGA